AGAUAGUUGCUCUAUGGUCGAAAUGCAAGCAUGCACACAACGUUUGAAUCACUCCUUGCUCCCCUCGCAGACUGACAAACGCCUGGUUUAUUCGAACGCUACUUGAACCACUAUCCUUUACAGCGUGAUGUGUAAGUGGGGAAAACGCCACAUGGCCCAGCCCAUCCAACAGCUCACCUCAGACACAGAGAGCACGACGGACAGGGAGAAAGUCCCCUUCACACUGAUCACAUGCAAAGAGAAUUAUGAGAAGAGAGUCUACAACCAAGCCAGCUGGGCAUGUAUCACUGUGCGAGAGGACACGUACGAGCAGAGCAUCUGUGCCGGCUUCAUGAAGCUCAUGAGAUAUAUCUGCCAGCAGAAUACCUCAGGUAACUACCUGGGUAUGACCCUUCCCAUUGUGACAGUGGUGAGGACUGAUGACUCCCGCUCCAGCCUAUCCAGAGAUGUGACGGUGGCCUACUACUUACCAUCCCAACACCAGGACCAACCCCCCACACCCUUUGACCCUGACAUCACCAUGGAGACAUGGCCUGCCACCGUAAUCUACAGCAGGUCGUUCAGUGGACCCACUACUGAGACCUCUAUCCUAGGGGAGAUCCAUGCUCUGGGCGAGGUGCUGGACUCUCCACAGCUGUGUGUGAGUGAGUCCUUCAUCGUGGCCGGCUAUACCAGCCCCGCAGCCGCACACCGACACAACGAAGUCUGGUUCCUGGAGCGCUGCUGAAGUGGCACUACAUUAUUAACACAAAGUAAACAAAUGAUAAACACUCAUUACUGCGAACCAAAUCGAAAGCCUCACACAAACCAAAAAUAGCAGAAUUUCAUAAAAUUGGAUACAGUUUACGUCAAAGAAACGAGUACACAAGUAUUUUAAUUGGGCUGUGGUCUCAGGCAGAUAAUAUAUAAUACAGUUUUUUACGAUCACUUUGGCACAAUUUCAGAACCAAAACUCAAAACGGUCAUCACUUGUAACACAGGCUGUCCCAUGUUCAAAACAUUGCAUUGUGCAUUCAUAUAUUUAAUGAAAUCUUGCACUUGCAAAAUCAUUAUUUCAAAUAACAAAUUUAUCAUGAAAUACCGUAGGAACAUUAAUUUAGAUCACCCACACACAAGAUAGUGAAACUAUGUAGUUGGUCAUACAAACAUAUUGUAGUACAAAAUGUGAUACAUGUACCAUAAUGAAAUAUGUAAAUACAUCACUAAAAUAACUAGUAGAGCGAAUACUACAGACACAGUGGAAUCAUUGAACAAAGAGACAUUUAUUGAUGAAAUACAAUAGUCACAACAGGUUUCUUUGAAUCAAAGCAAAAAUAAUUAGCUACAAAAAAAAUGAGAAACUACAGUAAAACAUCAACUGCAGUAUUCCUCACCUGGCUUACUGUAAAAAGCUAAACAAAGGAUUGAUUACUGUACUUCUAUAUUUCCAUCAAACCUGUCUUGUGGGUUUGGCCACAGGUUCUCAUCCACAUCACAAUGGAUGUUUUCAUUAGCCAAACAUCUUGGGAAGAAUCUUCGGGCAUGGCGAAUACAGGCCUGACACAGGUUAGCCGUGAUGUCAUUGCAUGCGUCAUCCAUGGCCUGGAGAAGGGUGGCUUAUUCAUGAGGGCACCUAUCCUAUACCUUCCACCACCAUGUGGAGAAAAAUUCCUCAAUUGGGUUAAGGAGAGAAUGGGGGUAAGUACAGGGUGGUAAAUUGUGGUUGGGCCUGAAACCAUGCUUGCACCAUUUGAGCAUGGUGGAACCUGACAUUAUCCAACACAAUGACAUAGGUCAUGCCAUCAGCUCUACAGACCUGAUUUAGCUCAUAAAGAAAGGUUACAAGGAGAGCUGCAUUAUAUGAUCCAAUACGAGGUCUGUGUCCCACCACACCAUCUUCUGAUAUAGCAGCACAAAUGGUGACGUUGGCCCCAUGUUGUCCAGGUACUUGGAUGGUUGACCACUGGCCAAUGACUGACCUCUCCUCCUUGUCUUGGCCAGGUUGAAGCCUGCCUCAUCCAAAAAGAGGAAUUUGUGAUGGUUUUUGUUAGCAUCCAGCUCCAUCACCCUCUAAAAAGUCAUUUGGAAAGAUAAUUACUGAUUACAAUGAUGUAGAUUUUUGGGGGUUAUUUUUCACAACAGGCAUCUUGAAACUGAACAUACUCGGUCCUCAGUUGCUUCACUCUGUCUGCAUUUUUUUCAAAAGGCACAUGGUAUAGCUGGUUUAGAGACACCUGGUGCCUUUUCAGCAUGCGGCUUCCACACUUUUCAACUUAUGGCUUCCACAUUGUUGAACAUUGUCCAAGAUGUGCUGCUGAUUUCUGUAAGACGAAUAUCAUUUCUGGCCAGAACCAAAUUGACCACAGCCCGCUCUUAUUGGUCAGUCAGAAUUUUGCUUCUGCCUCCCCUAUUUGGCCUAGUCUCAAUUCUGCAGGGAACGUUACAGUAAGACAUUACAGUAAGACAGGUAGGCCAGUUGAACAAGUUCUCAUUUCCAACUGCGACCUGGCCAAGAUAAAGCAAAGCAGUGCCACAAAAAACAACAGAGUUACACAUAAACAAACGUA